AUGGCAAAUACAACAGUGUCUUCAUUUGCGUGUUUCCUCUUGGCACUGUUGGCGGUGUCCAACACGACCGUGGUUUUGCUGCAGUCGGCAACUUUUAGCAAAGCCUUUGUGACCAAAGAUUUUUACUCCGUCCGGCACAUGAUAAUUGUCACGGAAUGCCUCAAAUUCUUUGUGGCUGCUCUUUUGGAAGAGCACCACAGCAACUGGGGCCUCAAAAAGUCCUUCCAACAUCAUGUCAUUGGAAAUCCAUGUGAUGCCAUGAAAACGGCUAUUCCUGCAUUUCUCUAUUUUGCCCAAACCUAUCUUCUCUUUGAAGGUCUUUUCAAUCUCUCCGCUCCAACAGUUCAAGUGGCGAAGCAAAGCAAAAUCCUCAUGACAGCGCUGCUCUCGGUCAUCAUCCUCCAGCGAAAAUACACAUCAGUACAGUGGACGUGUCUUGUGACGCUGGCGUUGGGGAUAUCCCUUGCACUUAUGCCGAGAUAUUUCAGCACUGGUCCUCCCAGGCAAGGAUUUCUUUAUGGCAUCACCGCUGUUUUGUUGGCUGGCUUGGCCAUGUCGUUUGCCACUGUCUACUUUGAAAAAGUCCUCAAGGAUUCUUCUAAGGAAGACAAGGAAGCCAGCCCUUUGAUACUUGAAACAAGUCAAGACAAUAACCUUCCACCCGCUUCCCUCUGGAUGCGUACAAUGCAGCUGAGCUUUUUCUCCAUCCUCAUUCCCAUUGGGAGAUACAUGUUUGAGGGCUCUGAGGACCACAAUAAGCCCUUCUUGCAUGGGUUCACUGUUUGGGUGUGGGUUCUCGCGAUUCUGAAUGCACUGAUGGGUGUUCUGAUUACCGCAGUCAUCAAGUAUGCCGACUCUGUCCUCAAAGCAUUGGCAACUUCCCUUUCAAUGGUUUUGACCACACUCUUGGACGCAGUGUUCUUUGGGAGACAGCUGGCCCCAACCUUCCUGUUGGGGAUGCUCUUGGUAGUUGGAUCAGUAUUGUGCUUUUCGUUUCAUAUUGAUCGUGUUCCCUCUCGUCCCCUUUGGGAUAUCCUGAUGAGCCAAUCUUUGGCGGCCACUAUUGGUCAUCCUUGGGGAAAGGAUGGCAACCGGAAUGCGGAAGAUUCCCUCUCUGCUCCACUAUUGGUAAUAUAG